UCGGAAGCGACUGUAUUCCGAUUUUGUAUUGGCAGAGAAGCUAACAGCUGCACCAAAUGUGAGUUUGUUUUGGUUUGCAGUUAACUUGAGGUAAUCAAAACAAGGCAUGUGUAAUCGCUAUUUGUAUUUCUUUAUAGUGUAAUACAGUUCCAAGGGUGAGAGGUUUCCCUUGCUCGUGUGGUGGUGUAUUAGCUAGCUACAAUGCAAGAUCAGCACCUAAUAUAUGCGGAAUGCGCAACCAUUGCGGAUGUACUACAGAAAAAACACUCACCAAUGCGACAAUAUACUAAACAAUCUCGAACGUCUACUACUUGAAAGACUACUGACUGGUUGUACGCAGCGCUUCGGAUUUCUCACGUCCUUGAACUUUAUAUAUAUUUAUUAUAUGACAAAUUCGUUUUCUCAAAAGGUGGAGGAUUUAAAGCUCUUUUGUCAUCCAAAGAUGUCCCUUGAUUGGCUAAAUUUGACAUUCUUGCAAUGCCGAUUUUUAUUAACCUACAUUGAUUUGAAACAUGAUAAAAAUGAAAGGAUUCUAGGCAAUUCCUAAGUCGUAUUCAUAUGAAUAUGAGCGGCCCCUUGGUAGUCGGUAUGCUCAGUAUUAUAACUCGGAUCAUACAUAUUUUAACAUGAUGUAUAUAGCAGUGCUUAUUUACAUAGAAGUAAGUUAGUAAAUACGGAAAACUUUUAUUAAUGGAGCAAAAGUCAGGAAGUGGCUUUCCAGUCGGUUCCUCUGCACUACUCACCUGACUCAUGACCGAGUACUACGAGGAGGGGGGGCUGCUGUAUGAGCAAUCACCUCCCAUGCACAUUAAAGUGGAGUCUCCAGAGGGCCCGUUUGGUGGAGGAGUCUCUGAAGAUGGCUUCCCGAGGGAGGAUGACGACUCUGAGGGAAGCUGUGACCAGAACAGUGGACUACCUGGGGGCCUCCCUUUCAAUGUCGUAGUGGUUCAUCCAAACAUCAUGGCCCCAGGGAUGUCCUCAGAUGAACUUAUGUCUCUUGAUCAAAGCAGAGGAAUGUCUGCUGCCUUGGCUGCUGGCGGUGCCAGUAAGAGGAAGAGCCGCUUCAGCGGUGCAGAGCUGGAGGUGCUGGUGUCCGAGGUGACGCGGUGCGAGGGGGAGCUCUUCGGCCCGGCGGGGAGGCUGCGCCGCCGGGAGAGAGAGCGCAUCUGGGCGGGAAUCCUGGAAAGGGUCAACGCUGUGUCCAGAGUCCCCCGCACCCUGCGGGAGGUGAAGAAGCGAUGGGAUGACCUGAAGAGACGAAACGGUGGAAGGCUGGCAGACGCUCGCCAUCGCAGCUGUUACCUGCCCUCCAGCAGAGGGGCUUCGUUACUCGGAAGACCUUCUCAGUCGCAGUCGAGCCCUCGGCUGCAACAGGCCAGACAGAAGCACAGCUCUAGACCGAAGGCUAGCUUUCCAUGCUUGACAGACUCUGAAGCAGUUGGAACUGGGGACGGGUCAGAGCGAGAUGGUUUGGAGAAGGAAGAGGAGGACAGCGUUGAGCGGGAGAGAGAGGUGGGAGAACCAGACUGUGAGGGACCAGAACACAGCAUGGAGGAUAAACUGGGGUUGGGACUCAGUCUGGGCAUCGGACCUCCCCCUCCCUCGGAGCGAUGGCUGCCCCCCUCCCCACUCUACAGCGCACCUUUCCUCAAUGGAAGCCCACAGCCCAGCCCGCCGUCGCUCGGAGCACAGCAGGGGCCUCUGGAGACACAGCCCCGCAGCUCCUGGCUGGAGGACGAGCUGCACGGCCUUGGAGAUGCAGCUCUUCAGCUCGGAGAUCGGGUGGAGAAGAGCCUGAUGGAGUUUGGGGAAGGUUUCAGGCGUGACAUGAGAACACUGGUGGCCUCCCAAGAGAUGUUAGCAUCCAGUCUACAACAAAACAAUAUCCUCUUGCAAAGACUCCUGGGAGUGCUUGAGUCGCAGCAGCAAACAUCACCACAACCGCAUCGUGUUCAGCAGCAGCAGGCUACCCCGAAACAACCACACUUGUCAUCACAACCUUCGCCUCUCCAGCAACUGGAAACACAGCAAACCCCAAUAGAUCCCCUACAACACCCACAGCAAACACAAGAGCAUCUUCAGCACUUAAAUGUAGCAAAACAGCAGUCACAGUAUAACCAGCCAACAAAACAGCAGCCAAAGCCUUUUCAACAUUUGAACGAUCAGUCGGCUGUAGCAGUGGUUCCCCAAUCAUCUCCAGGAGAUGCAAAUGAUACUUUUAAUUCAGAUCGGAAUACAGCCGUGAAUGGAACUGGCCAGAGGCCAAGGCGAGGAAGAACUGUAGAACAUAGACGUAGGAGGCGGCGUUGAUAACGCAAGAGAGCAAACAAACUUUGAAUCAAGGAUAGCUAUUCCCGCGUCAAAUUUGAACUGAAUUCAGUGGUAUUUUAAUCACUGUAUCUAUAUCUAUGAUAUACCAUGAAUGCUUAUUUUCUAUUCCAAUCAUUUUACUUUAACAGAUGUGCAAAGUAAAACCCUGAACUAUAUGCCAUUAAAUACAUUUUUUUCCACUGCAUUAGUUCUAUAGAAUGACCAUUUGUGAGAGAGGCUUUCAAUACCUUUAAAUAAGUUGUUGAUGUUUAAAAUCGAAUUUGUUUGAAAGGCUGUUCGAUAUAGCAGUCAUGAAACUCCUAGUAACUACUUUCUGAAUGCUGUAGAUAGACAUGCGUAACAUUGUCAUGUAAUCCGCAGAACUUAUUGAAUAUGGAGAUACUGAUAGUAUAUUGUUAAUAAAUAUAUGCCUGUUCUUUGUUAACCGUUUAACAUAAACAUUCCUCAAAAUUUUGGACAAAAGAAAAACAUUUUUGUUGUCUGUAACUUUUUUGUUGUCCCAUGACUGUUUUAGACAAACUGAUUUAAAGAAUGUGAUAAAAUACCAUUUUGCCUCCCACUGAACACUGUCUUUGUCCAUGAGGACCUUAAACACACUAACUGUGUUUCUGUAGGCUUUGAUAUUUUAGUACUGAGAUGAUAAUGUAUAGAUGUAUGUCUGGCUAUGCAUUGCAUGCAAUAUUAUCAUUAUGCACGUAGGUCGCUAGAAACAUGAAACUAAAAUUAAACUGCGUUUAAUUUC